AUGGCAAAACGAAAGAACAAGAAGAGAAAGAGAGACUCCGUCGUCGACAGACCUGACGGUCAAGAUGUCGGAGCUUCUUCGGCGCCGCCAGCACCUCCAUCUCGAAGCAGGGAUCGCAAGACUGAUACCAUCGAGAAUCCAAACCUGAUCGAAGUCGGACCACGCAAAAAGGUGUUUUCACUAGAAGAAAUCCUCAAGGACACAGUCGCGAACUCUCUGGGUUCCGGGUCUUUAUCGCUGUCCGCAAACACCAGCACGAACGGCGAGCCCGAAAUGGCGCCCGCGCCGCCCACCCCUGCGGAGAGUGCCACCCCGGGUCCUCACCCAUCGUUUAUUGAAGUAGCGAAGCCGUAUGUGUUUCAGCAGAAGUUGGAAAGAUGCCUGAAUGCUAUUGGGAUGAACGAGGCAAAGGAAGACAGCAUACGGUUACAAGGCGUCACGUGGAUCGAUAAUAUACGGAGGGCUAUGCAGUUGCCUGUACGGACAUACAACACGGCAGUUGUCUACUACCACAAGUUCCGCCUGGUCCACUCCGACAAUGAGUAUGACAACAUCCACGCCGCAGCCGCCGCCCUCUUCAUGGCCUGCAAGAUCGAAGACACCCUCAAAAAGUCCCGCGAGAUUCUCUGCGCAUCCUGGAACCUCAAACUCGCGCCCGCCGAGCACUUAACGCCUGAUGACCCCUUCUUCGACCCCGGCUCCAAGACCCUAAUCGGCUACGAGCGCCUCAUGCUCGAAGCCGCCGGUUUCGACUUCCGGAGCCGGCACCCCCAACGCCUCGUCCUCAAGCUCUGCAAAUCCCUCAACUACCCCCGCUCCACCGUCGGCAAGACGGCCUACAACAUGUCCCUGGACCUGUACCGCACCUUCGCGCCCUUAAAGCAAACCACCGCCACCGUGGCAAUCGCGAGUGUGGAGCUAGCAGCGCGUCUGUGUGACGCCGAUCUAACGCGCCUCGGGACGGGGACAGGGGAGCGCGGGAUCAAGUACCGGCGGUGGGGAACGACGCGCGCAGAAGUGAUGGAGACGCUGCUCGAUUUGCUGGAUUUGUACACGCACCACAAGCCUUCCACGCUCGCAGGCCCGUCCUGGCCCCUCGACUCCUUCAUCAACAUCCGCAUUACGCUGAACCAGGAAGCUGCCACGAACGACUAUCCGCGCUACACGCAGUCCGCCACCGCUCCCGCCACCGCGAAAGAGAAAACGAAGUCGGCGAGCGCGAAGGAGACGAAUGGCGUGGCUAGGAACGGCGCGAAAGAGACGACGAACGGGACCGCGGACACGUCGCCUGCGGCGGCCGUGCUAGCGAUAGGCGGGCGUGGCCAGAUUGGCACGGUGCGGUUCAUGCUAGAUGCGGCGCGGGCGCGGGGCGAGAAGCGGACGGUAGAGAGUUACUUCACCGCGGAGGAGGAGGAGGUCGAGGUUGAAGUUGAGGUGGAGAGGCCGAAGCGGUCGAGGUGA